UAGCGAAUUUUUUGUGUUUUAUUAAUUUUAUUAACUUAAUUUGUAAUCAACUGUAACUUAUUUAUGACCCGGAAGAUUAAAUACACUCGUCGCAAUGAAUUAUGGCAUGUAUUUAGUGGAUUUUAGCUUAAUUUGUAUUGUACUGGAUGUUUCUUUUUAUCUCACUGGAUCUUUUAUCAUUUCAUUUCAUCCUGUCUGUGUCAUUAAUUUAGGCUCGAUUUCUAAAACAUAUUCCAUAAUUCAAUUAUACUCAACAAAAGAGACUAUAAGUAAGGAUCUUUCAGGGUCAGACAUUGUGAUGAUCCAUGAAGGAACUCCACUAUUCUUUCGACGACGCAGACGAAGCGUACAGCAUGAAUCUAUAAUUAAUUGGAAAGUGUUGAGCUUGCUGUUUAUUCUCGCAAUAGGAUUAUCAAUUGGAAUUUAUUUGCUAGUAAUUGAGAAUCAGGAACAAGAUGCAAAUUUUCGAUACAGAUUAAUCGAAUUAAAUGCUUGGUACGGUGAAAAUAUAGACAGUAAAAUAUUUUCGAAUGAAACAAGACUUCAACUGCCUGUCACAAAUGUUAUUGUCUCUCAUACACGUGGGCAGCACUGUUAUUCAACAAAAAUGUGCUUUACGUUAAUUAAUAAAAUGAUUCAAGAUGACCUUGCUGACAUUCCAUUCAACUUUUUAAUUAGCGACUCUGGUGAUUCGUAUGAGAUACGAGGAUGGAACUACGCAAGUGGAUUUCCAGCUACUUUCAAUAAAAAUCAAAGUAUUGUCGUGGGAUUUAUAGGAGACUUUACGGCAAAAAUGCCAACAAACUUACAACUAGCUGAAUUAAGUGCAUUUAUGAUUGAGUCAAUAAGGAGGAAGAAGCUAGUUAAGAACUUUAAUUUGUAUGGAAUACAAAGUUAUGAUGAAGAGGACCUGAAACUUCAUGAUGGAUUGAAAAACAUGAAGGAAUGGAAGGGAAUUUUACAAGUUUUGUGAUAAAUUUGGAUAGCAAAAAUGUUUUCGUUAUUAAAAAUUUUACUUAUAAGAGAUUAUUAAUCCAGUGAAAUUAUCUCCGCUUUAAAAUGCCGCGGAAACUGUUAAAUUAAUUAAAA